AUUUACUAUACUGCAAGCAUUAUGUUUGCUUCAAUAACCGAGCUCGAAGCAUAACUCAUACGGUGUCGUGCUUGAGUGGUAUCGCCAGCGCGCUCCGGUACUUUGCUUGUUUUCUUCGUCGUGUCCUCGCUAUAUCUUGGAUUGAUUAUACGGAAAUUACGUGUAGUAUAUUAUUUCAACGAGGCCCUGUGCAAGGAGACAGAGCUCUUUCGUGAAGCCAAAGAUUGGCUGGAAUUGUUUUCCAGGCGCAACUGAUCAUGGGGUUUGAUAUAGAUCGGUUUUCUGGCCCGGUGGACGAGGAUUUUAAAUGCAGCAUCUGUCUCGGUGUACUGGAGAGCCCCCUCGCUACGCCGUGCGGCCACGUCUUCUGCUCCAACUGCGUACUGCCGUGGGUCGUUCAGAACGGUAGCUGCCCUCUUAAGUGCGAAAAGUUUUCCACCAAGGAACUCAACAGUGUCCUCCCAUUGCGGAACCUCAUCCUCAAGCUCGAGAUCCGAUGUGAUAACUUCCGCCGAGGCUGCCCCGAAGAAGUCAAGAUUCAGAUGCUGGCCCAACACAUGGAGGAUUGCGACUUCGCCCCCGUCAAGUGCUCCAAUAAAGGAUGCCAGGAGGUGAUUAACAUCAAGGAUCAAGCUCAACAUGAAACCCAGACCUGUGAGUUUAGACCAGUCGGCCGUUGUGAGCAGGGAUGCGGUCUGGUGCUUCAGUUCAACACCCGAUCGGAGCACGACUGCCUCAAAGCCAUGCAGAACCACUCGGCUGCCAUGCAGACCAAGAUGAAAAACCAGGAACAUAACCUGAAGAAGAAUUCUCUCAGAUACGGAAAGAGAGAGAAGGCUCUUUUGGCCCAGAUUGCCUGCCUCCAGAAUGAAAUUCAGAUGCAGGCAUUGCGGUACCAAAAGAAGCUGAAUGAAAGUAAAGCUGAGAUGGAAUAUAUGUCAGCUGUUGCCUCGUUUGAAAAGCCAUGGGAAAAUACAACCAUACUCUCCCUGCGACUUGGUCGUCAAGAUGGAAGCUUAGGAUUCAACAUCAUCGGUGGCAGUGGGAUCAGUCAGGGUGAUGGCGGUAUCUCAGAAGGAAUAAUCGUAUCCAGAGUGAACGAGAAAGGACCGGCAGACAGAUCACAGCUUCAGGUACAUGAUAGGAUCAUCGAGGUAAGUCUGUUUAUAAAUUAACAAAAAUAAGUCUCUUUCUGGACUCACCGUCAAGCGGGUUUGCAGCUGCAGCGCUAAUUCUCUACCCCUAAAUUUUUGAGAAGAAGAAAUUCAAGUUGGUUGGGAAACACUAAGAAGAGCAUACCUGUACUAUAUUCACUGCAACUAUAAAACAUAUAUAUAUUUUUUUUUACAUUGUUGUAUGAAUUAUAAGAAAAAUGAUACUUAUAGUAUAAAAUAUCUUGAAAAAACUCAUGUGCCCACACUUGAGAAAAAUAUUGAAUAUAAGUAAUAAUUAGAUAUUUUAGGUACAGAUGAACACGCUUCGGUUUGAAUAUUUAAUACAGAUAUGACCGAUAUUUUGAGAUUACAUUUUACACAGCUUUGAGGCUUACACCAGUAAGCAGUUCAGUGCUUGAGUAAAUGUGUACAUCAGGUGAUACAAGAAUCUUGUCUGCGGAUGAUGCGUCAAAUAUGGACAGUCCUAAAAUGGAUCCAAAUUCAACCCAUCUAUCAGUGACCAACCCCCAUGGGAAAUCCGUCUGGAUUCUCAAAUUUACCACCAAAUUUUCGCUGAAAUGGUGUAAAUUGAAUUUGUCCCUUUCAUUGUAUGUGUGUCAAGUACAAAGACUGGGCAGUGAAUAUGAGGAUGCGAGCCGGGUCCCAAAUAAAAUGUGACAGACAACUCGUCAAUUAUGGUUUCCGUGGGUGACGUGUUUGUUGGUGAAGAAUUCCCCGUCCACAGUCGUGGGAUUAGUUCUGCAGAUGCACGUUACUCGUUGUUGCUCGCUUGGGGAACCUCCCCUGCACUUACGCUUUACAUCUGUUUCGAUUGUGCGCAGUGACACACUUAGUUAUGUCAAGGUGGUGAUAGGCCUGCUGGGUAAAUUGAGUCCACAAGUCUUGGGUUUAAUAGCGAUACCAUCUUUUCAAAAAGCGCGUUUCCAUUGCCGACUUGUUUGGAAUCAACCCAAACGUUACCUACCAUCUCCGGCACCCCCAGUGGGGAUGAGCCGGCCUUCAACAUGGAUGCUGACAAGAACAUGCGUGUUGUUGUUUGAAUGUUACCUGAUAUGGUGAAAGUGAGAUCAGUCCUAUUUUUAGGGAGAUGGUAGAUGUUGGGACACAAACUCGCGGAUAGAUAGUAGUAUGCCAUCGAGAUUGAUUGAGUACACAUGGCUGGUGAUAUGUUUACGCGGCAGGGAUGCAGGGUUCUGGCACACUAGCACCGAGGAAGCAAUUUGUAAAUUAUGCUUUGCCCCCUUAUGCUUGGGUUCUUGGAUGAGGAUUACAUUUAGAUGGAAAGCAUGCAGACGAACAGAUUGUGUGAUUGAUCACAAUCGUUCUCCAUGCCUCAUUCAUUAUCAAACCCAAUCAGACUUCCAUGCAGUCCCAUCCAUAAAGACAGGUGCUGGAAUAUUUCUUAACGUGCGCAUGAUAAGAAAAAUCUGUAAGCCAGGCAACGAAAUCUGGUCGGAAAGUAUAUUCAUAAACCGACUUACAGAUCUAUUGCAUUUUGUCUGAAACUGAAAGCACUUGAAUGUUUACCCCAAAAUGGUAUAAGUCCAACAGUCAAAUUAUAAAGUUAUUGAAAUUGAAAAGCUGCAUUUCAUGAUAUACUGUGAAAUCAAGUACAAAAAUAUGAAAAUUAUAUUCGUUAUUGUACUGCAACUCUGGACCAUUCACGUGUGAAGUGAUUUUGCUAAGGUAACAGCAUGCAAACACUAAGCUGGCAUUUAAAGUAAAAUUGUUCAAUUGAUCCCAUAUCUAGACCUUUCAAGAGAGUGAUUGAUUUGUUUUCGGCUUUCAACAAUACCCCUAGCAUAUUCGUGUUUGUAUUAUCCCUCAUUCAGCCAAGGUACUCUGUGCAAUAUUGAUGCUAUUCAAAAUUUGCUUGCCAUUUUGAUGCUUUCAAAUCAAUUCCAAGGAACAAAUGGCAAUGGAUGUUUAAAGCAUCAAUUUUUUACAAUCGACCUUUUAAAGUUUAAACCAUCUAAUUGUAAAUAUGAUCUAAAAAAGAAACAUUCAUGUGAGCAUUUUUAUUGAAUUACUGUCGUAUUCCAGUUUAUGUAAUGUUAAAAACUUGCACUAGAAGAUUCCAUGAUUCCAUGCCUUACUGACCGAUGAAAAAGACGAGGAAUAAAGUUUUAAGAUUAUUUCAAUUAGGGGCCCACAUUUUCAAGUACAUGCAUUUAGGCCUAUAGUGACCCCCACAGUACCACUUUGUGUGAAUAUCAUGAAAACUACUGAAGUUCUGAACCUUUUCUGUAUGCAUGGUUAUGAAAUUACCAUUCAUAUUUACAUUUCCAUGCUGGAUGUAACCCUGUCAUAUCUUUUCAUAUCCCUCCUUUUGGGAGAGAUACGCUUUGGUAUAGGAAAAUAGCAGGAAACUAAAUUGUGAUGGUGGUGUGUAAUGAAUGAGUCACAUGGCCGCUCAGGUUUCCCAAUUUACCAUCAAUUUCAUAAGUACAUUGCUUGUUUUCCAAAACGGCCCUCGCAAGUCUUCCCGACAUCUUUUAGGACGGGCUUUGUAAUGGCAGCAUGCUCUCCGUUCUCAUCCAAGAUGUCGUAAAUCAUUGAUUUUGACGAAACGAGAUGAACCGGGGAUGAUGGUAGGCCAGCUUACUGGAAGAGUGCGUCCUACUUACCGUUGGGUCUAACCCGGCAUUAACCUAAUGUCCACGACUAUGUCACUAAUGCUUCCAUGGUAAACUCAACACAAAGAGGAUGGUAUAGGGUGAUUGGUAUCGAGAAAUGAGUUUAGGAAUCGCCUCCAGGCAUCAAUUUCAUGUGGGUACAGACCCGGCAUUAGUUAGAUACUUUACAUGAACAGCGUACCUGAAGGUAAAUGAACUUGCUCUGUGCAGGGUGAUCGAGAGAAAAUGACUACUUUGAUGCAGAUUUCUCUUGACUUUGGAGCAUAAGAGGUAUAUUCAAAUAGAAAUUUGAUUUGAAGUCACCAUUUCGUGUCAUUACU